ACUUUGUCUGGCCAGAAUUCGUCCAAGGCUCCUCAACCUCAGGCCAGGAAAGCUGGCCCUUCGAAACCCAAGUCGUCGUCGACGCCUUCGCAGAGGAAGCCUCAAACCAAGGCUUCCAACAAGGUCGACAACAAGAAGAAAGGGAAGGGGAGAGCUCCCGUCAAGAACAACGAUCCAAAGGGAAAGGGAAAGGCAAGAGCCUAG